CGAUCUGCUGCAGCGAGCGUCGGUUGAUCGAUCGAAUUGUUCAUCUUCUUCAUUCAGUUGAUUGUCGUGUCGAUUGAUUGUUUUUUGUUUCGUGGUGUUCUUUCUUACUCACCCCCAAUGUUUAGAAAAAUUAAUAAUUCGAGUGAGCACCAUGGCGGUGUAGGUAUAUAUGUAACAUGUUAAACUGAUUGCAAUGGGACUUGUUGGAUCAAUUUUGUGUUAUUUGAGUUGUGUCACAAGUGAGCGGUAAAUCCAUCAACCAACAUGCAUCGUCGUGGCGGGAAACGUAUUCGGAUGGAUGAUCCUCCACCGGAGUAUGCAAACCCGAUGACCCCCGCGACUCCUAUGACGGACUAUGGUGGACAAUCGAUCCACGAGCCCGAAACGCCUAACAUCAACUAUUCAGGGUUUAAUGUCGCCCCCGUGGCGAAUUCGACCACCGUAGAGGCGCCAAGGGAAGAAGUAGAAGAAUCGCAUCAUUCAGCAGAGGAAUUAGCCAGGUCGCCGUCGCCAGCCCCUACUAAGCGCAUUACUCGCAGUCGUGGGCGCGGUGGGGACGGCGGCUAUGUAGGGCGGUUAGCGGAGUCCCCGCCGCCGCCGCCGCCUACCAGACGGCGGGGGCGCGGUGGCCGUGGCCGGGGUCGCGGUCGGGGCGCGGCGCCACCUCCUGCCUAUUCUCCACCGCCUGUACUGUUGCCUGGAGAUGAUGAAAAUAGUCUCUACAACAUAUUGAGAUUCAACAAGACUGCUAUCAAUCAAGUGGUGGACAUGUGGAUAGAAGAGUAUAAGAGUAACCGAGAGAGUGCCUUAGUUCAGCUGAUGCAGUUCUUCAUCAACUCAUCAGGGUGUCGAGGGAAGGUCACCCCAGACAUGGCUCAGAUGGACCACACUCUCAUCAUCAAGAAGAUGACACAGGAGUUUGAUGAGGAAAGUGGAGAAUACCCUCUGAUAAUGUCGGGACAGACAUGGAAGAAGUUCCGCAGUAAUUUCUGUGAGUUCAUCCAGACUCUGGUCAAGAUGUGCCAGUACUCCAUCAUCUACGACCAGUACCUCAUGGACAACAUCAUCUCUCUGCUCACAGGGCUCUCCGACUCACAAGUUAGAGCAUUCAGACAUACUGCCACUUUAGCUGUGAUGAAGCUGAUGACGGCGCUGGUGGACGUGGCGCUGCUGACGAGCGUGAACUGCGACAACUGUCUGCGGCAGUACGAAGCCGAGCGACUCAAGGCGCGCGACAAGCGCGCCAGCGAGCGGCUGGAGGUGCUGGUGGCCAAGCGCCAGGAGCUGGAAGAGAACAUGGAGGAGAUCAAGAACAUGCUGUCCUACAUGUUCAAGUCUGUCUUCGUGCACCGAUACAGGGACACACUGCCUGAUAUAAGGGCUAUCACGAUGGCAGAGAUUGGUAUCUGGAUGGAAAAGUUCCCGGCGCACUUCUUGGAUGACCUAUAUCUUAAAUAUAUUGGCUGGACUUUGCAUGAUAAGGUGGGCGAGGUGCGGCUGCGCUGCCUGCAGGCGCUGCAGCCGCUGUACGAGUGCGAGGAGCUGAAGGGCAAGCUGGAGCUGUUCACGUCCAAGUUCAAGGACCGCAUCGUGUCCAUGUCGCUGGACAAGGAGGCGGACGUGGCCGUGCACGCCGUCCGCCUCGUCAUCGCCAUUCUCAAGAUGCACCCGGACGUGCUGACGGACAAGGACUGCGAGAACGUGUACGAGCUGGUGUACUCGUCGUGGCGCGCGGUGGCGGCGGCGGCCGGCGAGUUCCUCAACGUGCGGCUGUUCCAGGCCGACGCGGCCGCGUGUGCGCUGCGCUCGCGCCGCGGCAAGCGGCGGCUGCCCAACACGCCGCUCAUACGCGACCUCGUGCAGUUCUUCAUCGAGAGCGAGCUACACGAACACGGUGCGUACUUAGUGGACUCUCUGAUAGAAUCCAACCCCAUGAUGAAAGACUGGGAGUGCAUGACCGAUCUCUUGUUGGAAGAGGCCGGGCCGGGAGAAGAGGCGCUGGACAAUAGGCAGGAGUCUUCGCUCAUUGAGCUCAUGGUGUGUUGUGUCAGACAGGCGAGCACGGGGGAGCCGCCGGUGGGCCGCGCGCCGCGGAAGCCUCUCUCCGUCUCCAAGGACCAGGCCAAGUUGGUGAGCGACGACCGCGCGCGCAUGACGACACACUUCAUCGCGACGCUGCCGGCGCUGCUGGACAAGUUCGGGGCCGACCCCGAGAAGCUCGCCAACCUCGCCUCCAUCCCGCAGUACUUCGAGCUGGAGCUCUACACCACCACCCGCCAGGAGGCGAACCUGACGCUCCUGCUGAACAAACUGCGCGACAUCGUGAGCGUCCAAACGGAAGCGGAAGUGGUGGAGACCUGCGGCCGGACGCUGGAGUACCUGUGCUCUGAGCAAUGCGGCGUCUACACGCGGUGCAACGUGGCCCGGGCCACCAUCACUGACAUGUGUGUCAACAGAUAUAAAGAAGCCAUCGACGACUUCAGGUCGCUGUUAGAGGGAGGAGAAACUCCCGAUGCGGAUGAGGUGUUCAAUGUCAUCAAUUCUUUGAGAAAGGUGUCGAUCAUGUACAUGUGCCACAACCUGAACGACACCAACAUCUGGGACUCGCUGUACGAGGACCUGCCCAAGUGCGUGAAGCCCGACGACGGCGCGCCCGAACCGACGAUGCCGGCGCCGGCGCUGGUGUAUGUGGUGCGCGCGUGCUUCUACUCGCUGCUGUGGUCGCUGCACACGCUCGAGGAGAAGAUCGCCCAGGGCGGGAACCACGCCGGCGUCGCGGCCGACGUGCAGGCGCUCAGCGGGCGGCUGGGCGGCUACUGCGACUGGUGCCGGCGCAUAGUGGCGGCGGGCGCCACAGCGGAGCUGCGCGAGGAAGCAUACACGUCGCUGUGCGACAUGCUGGUGGUGUUCGCGCAGCGGCCGAGUGCGCCGCCGGCCGCGCGCCGGCUGCUGCGCGCGCCCGACGCGGAGCUCUGCGACAUGCUCAACGACUUCAUACAGGAGUUCGUCUUCGUGCACCACAACUACGACGGUCAAGACGAGCGGCGUAUCGAGGAGCUGCACAAGCGGCGCAACUUCCUGGCCGCGUACUGCAAGCUCAUCGUGUACAAUGUGGCGCCCAUACGCCGCGCGGCCGACGUCUUCAAGCAUUACAUCAAGUGCUACAACGACUACGGCGACAUAAUCAAGUCGACGCUGAGCAAAGCGCGCGAGAUCAACAAACUGAACUGCGCGCUGACGAUGCAGCUGGCGAUGCAGGCGCUGUUCCAGCAGAUGACGGCCAAGCAUCCGGAGCUGGCGGCGCAGGGGAAACUCAAGCCGCUGCCAGAAUUCCACGAGCUUAAGGAACUGGCGAAGCGUUUUUCGGUGAUGUUCGGUCUGGACCUGGUGAAGAACCGCGAGGCGCUGACGGCGCUGCACCGCGCCGGCAUCGUGUUCGCGGCGCUGGAGACCGGCGUCUCUCCGCCCCUCAACCUCUCCUUCCUCGAGCCGCUCGCCGAGUUCUCCAACAAGCUGCUGCGCCAGGACAAGAGACAAGUGCUCAAGUUCCUGGACAGUCGCAUUUCGUACUCGAUAAACUGGGGCGAGUUGGGCGCCCCCCUCACGCUGUACCGCAACUCGCUGCUGACAGAGGGCGCGGAGGAGCGCCCCCCGCCGCCCCGCAAGCACUACACCCGCCGCAACCGCGCAGGCGCGAACGAGGACGACGAACCGGAAGAAGGCGCGGACUCGGACCAAGACCAUCCGGGGACCCCGCCCGCGCCGCGCCGCCUGCGCCAGCGGCGGGCGCGCGCGCGCAGUAGCCUCACCAUAAGGUCACGUCGGAGCUCGUUGAGCGCGGCGUCGGAGGAGGCGCUGCACGCCGCCGAGCCGAGUCCGAAGUUACGUCGCAGGCGGUAGGCGCGCCGAUGUUUAUUGGAAAACUUGAACAUUAUGUUUUUGUUAGUCCCACCCAAGAGAUUGUUAUUGUCCACUUGUUAUGUACAGUGAUCUAUUCACCAAGAAGUGCUACGUUUUAGUGACUAGGAUUGUAAACUAAAUGUUUUAUAGUUUUUUUUAAAACCCUAUUUUGAAAAAAUAUUUAUUUAUACAGAAGUUUAUGGUAUAAUUAAGUUGCUUUAAUUUUUUUAAAGUUAAAAUUUUCUAUAUUUUUAUAACUCGUAGGUAUAGUUUUUGUAAAACAAAUACAAAUUGCAGCGAGUGUUCCGCCAAACUAAGUGUUCCGCCACGGAGCUCAAAGAGUAAGAAGUUUCGUUAAUUUUUCAUUUUAGAAAAAUAUUAAAAAUAGCAACUCGGCAAGAGGUGUGGUGGUACCUUCUACGCAUUAUUUUGAUACAAGAGAUAUGAUUGAGUACCUAUGUGUAAUACUUUAAGUUUGAAAUGUCAAUAAAUUGCAUUUUGGAUAA